CCACGCAACAUUGGCCACACUUACAUGUGCACCAGAAUAGCCUCACAAACCAUGUCUAUCUUUGCCAAUGUGGAUAAGGGAUAAGGUUUCAAACACCAUUCCUCCAAUGAAAAGUGUGCAUGUAUGAGCCAUCACCCCUGAGAACCACAGAUUUGUGAGCAAAAGAUAUUCUUUGCCUGGACAGAAAAUACCCCAUCUCUCUUCUGGUUUACACGUCUGUUAUAUUCUUGUUGCAACAGAGUCUCUGACCAAAGGUCCAAUGGCCACUACAGCUUCUACAAUGGCUAGUCAGCUCAAGAGUAGUUUCGCUUCAUCUUUGACAAGAGGACUUGUUGCUCCAAAGGGUAUCUCCGGAGCUCCAUUUAGAGUAUCACCCAGUACCAGGAAGUCAAGCUUCACUGUCAGAGCUGUCCAGACAGAGAAGCCAACUUACCAAGUUAUUCAGCCCAUCAAUGGUGAUCCAUUCAUUGGAAGCCUAGAGACGCCGGUAACAUCAAGCCCGUUAAUCGCUUGGUACCUCUCCAACUUACCAGCUUACCGGACAGCAGUCAGCCCACUUCUCCGGGGCAUCGAGGUUGGCCUCGCCCAUGGAUACCUCUUGGUUGGCCCAUUUGUCAAAACAGGACCUCUUAGAGACACACCCUAUGCAGGUGCAGCAGGGUCCCUGGGAGCAGGUGGCCUAGUAGUGAUUCUAAGCAUUGCCUUAACAAUGUAUGGCAUUGCAUCAUUCAAUGAAGGUGAGCCAUCAACUGCCCCUGCACUGACCUUGACUGGCAGGAAGAAGGAGCCUGAUCAGUUGCAAACUGCUGAGGGAUGGGCCAAGUUCACUGGAGGAUUCUUCUUUGGUGGCAUUUCUGGUGUCAUUUGGGCUUAUUUCCUUCUCUAUGUCCUUGACCUUCCUUACUAUGUGAAGUAGAUGAAUUUUGUUCUCUGUCUCACUCUAUGUUUAUGUGUUACCAUAUUGGGAAGCCAAAGCUGUAUAUUGAAUACUGAUUGCUUCAAUUGUCAUCAAUGAUUGUGAUGUAUGAAAUCUUUAUGUUUAUCUGAAAUUGCAUUGGUCAGUUACAUUCAAUUGUUUGUGACAGUUUCUAGUAGUUGAUUUUUCAUAGCC